AUGGAGCAGACGUUACCCCAUUUGUACCCAGAGGGGGAGUACCCGCGGCGGUUGAACUGCCAUCCUGAACUUUGGGACUGUACCUUCCUGCAUACUACCAAAAUCGUUAAUUGUUGCCUUUCUUUACUGUUGAUAAUAACUAUAUACCAUACCUCUGUUGUUAUAUUGUUGGCUCCGUAAGCUCCAGACAUAGCGCUAAAUUAGAGUAACCAUGUCCCCCUCCACCCCAACAGCACAGAGUCCACAAGCGACACCAACGCGCAACACAGUCGACCUCUGACUGCACCGCGUACAACUCCAGCCACCUGCACCAGCACCAACUUACAAAAACACAUACCCCAGCUUUGGAAAGAUACAGGCCCGCUCAAACCUUAAAUAAGCGCCUUAUUAAAGCAUAUAAUCAGAGCGCACUGCGAAGUAGCCACAAGGCGCAUGAAGCCCGUCAACAGCACCCCCCAACUCACAAGCCCUAG